GUGCUGUGGAGAGGUGAAAUGUGGCUGCUGCUGGUGGCCCUGUGCCUGGCUCAGGGACUGGGCAGUGCUGCCCCACGUGCCGGAGUGAUCCACGACAACCCUGAACAGUCCAUGAACAUCAGCCAGAAGAUAAUUUUCCAUGGGUAUCCCAGUGAGGACUACGACGUGCUGACAGAGGAUGGCUACUUCCUCAGCCUCAACCGGAUUCCACAUGGCAAGGGAAAAGCUGGGCACUCAGGAUCCAGGUCACCUGUGUUGAUUGUGCAUGGGUUCAGUUUAGAUGGUGGUGACUGGGUGGACAACUUCCCCAACAACAGCCUGGGCUUCAUCCUCGCCGACGCGGGGUAUGAUGUCUGGAUCGGAAACAACCGGGGCAACAGCUGGUCCCGCCGGCACCUGAACCUUUCUGUUGACCAAGAGAAGUUUUAG